AUGGAAUUUGAUCUUGAAGGUGCACGCAUCACCUCAUUGCCUGAGGAUGCGUUCUAUAUAUCGGAUUUCAUUACAGAGGACGAGGAGGAUUGGUUACUUCAGAAGGUAAAAUCAGCGCCGCUGCCGCGCUGGACCCAGCUCUCACACCGCAGACUUCAAACAUGGCCAUCAGCCCUCACCAAGAGCAAUUCUCUUCUCGCAUCACCCCUACCGGCUUGGCUUAGAUCGCCGAUCAUCGAGCCGCGGUUUGAGGCACUACGUAUCUUUAAUGAUGCGCCACACCAGGCACCCAACCAUGUCCUAGUAAACGAGUACCAACCUGGACAGGGUAUCAUGCCGCACGAAGAUGGAGCAGCGUAUUAUCCCCUCGUUGCGACAGUGAGUCUAGGGGCACCAAUUGUGCUUGAUGUGUAUCACAAACACACCCAGGGCGACAAGGAAGAAAGCGGUAUAUCAGCCAUGGCCGGAAGAGAUAUUUCCGGGAUACUCAACACAAACCGAAGACCUCAAUACAGAAUAUUGCAGGAGAGACGGAGUCUGCUGGUCACGAGGGGCAAGAUGUACAUGGAUCUUCUGCAUGGCAUCGAGGAAACGACGAGAGAUGAGGAUCUGGGACCCCACUCUAUCUGCAACUGGGACCUCUUGCGGGAGAGGGAACCGUACCAAAGUGGGUGGUAUGAGCGGCAGACAAGGACUAGCCUUACUUACAGGGACGUGUUUCAUGUUGUGAAGAUGGGGAAUACCUUGAAAUUUUUAGGUGGGAAGUAA